CCCGGAGGCCAGCCCGCCGCCGCCAGCUCCUCGCUCCUGACCUGGUCCUGCCCGUUCCGGCCGCGCGCCCCCGUCCCAGACCAGUGCAGCCCAGGCCCGUGCAGCCCUCGCCAUGCCGGUCAAAGGAGGCACCAAGUGCAUCAAAUACCUGCUCUUCGGCUUUAAUUUCGUCUUCUGGCUUGCUGGGAUUGCAGUCCUUGCCAUUGGACUAUGGCUCCGAUUCGACCCUCAGACGAAGAGCAUCUUUGAGCAAGAAAAUAGUCAUUCCAGCUUCUACACAGGAGUCUAUAUUCUGAUUGGAGCCGGCGCCCUCAUGAUGCUGGUGGGUUUCCUGGGCUGCUGUGGGGCUGUGCAAGAGUCCCAGUGCAUGCUGGGAUUGUUCUUUGUCUUCCUCUUGGUGAUAUUUGCCCUUGAAAUAGCUGCGGCCGUCUGGGGAUAUUCGCACAAAGAUGAGGUGAUUAAGGAACUCCAGGAAUUUUACACGGACACCUACACCAAGCUGAGAAACAAGGACGAGCCCCAGCGGGAAACGCUGAAAGCCAUCCACUACGCGUUGAACUGCUGUGGUGUGGUUGGGGGAGUGGAACAAUUCAUCUCGGACAUCUGCCCCAAAAAGGAUAUACUCGACACCAUCACCGUGAAGUCCUGCCCUGAGGCCAUCAAAGAGGUCUUCCACAACAAGUUCCACAUCAUCGGCGCCGUGGGCAUCGGGAUCGCCGUGGUGAUGAUCUUUGGCAUGAUCUUCAGUAUGAUCCUGUGCUGUGCUAUCCGAAGAAGCCGAGAGAUGGUCUAGAGUCAGCGUGCACUCCUGAGCAGGAAACUUUACCCCUGAAGAUAGAUGGUUAUUUUCCUGGGGUUUUAUUUUUGUUGUUAUUAUUUUGUUGUUGUUGUUUUUUCUUUUUUUUUUUUUUGCCACUAACUUUUAGUAUUCAUUCUGCAUUUAUAAACAAGAAAAAAUGUUAUUCUUUGUUUAUCUUUUUAAUGCUUUAUUCAUAUGGAUAGUUGAGAGAUUGAGGGACUUGUUUUGCUUUGGUUUAUAAUUUUUGGUCGUUUGUUUUUGCUUAUUAUGUUAGGCAGAAAUCCUGCAAUGAAAGGUACUAUAUUUGCUAGACUCUAGACAAAAAAUAUUGUACAUAAAGAGAUUUUUUUUUCUUUAAAUAGAUUUAAAAAAAUGUCUAUCAAAUUUAAUCAGAUUGUAACUUAUGUUGAAGACAAUUUGAUACAUAAUAAAAGAUUAUGAUAAUAUCCUGGA